GCAGCGGAUAAUCCCCGCCCGCAGUCACGCAGCAGACAUGGCGGAGUACAGCCAGGCGGGGCUCCUGGCGGCUCUGCUCCUCUUCACGGCUCUCACGCUCCGCGACGUUUACCUCGGAAGGUCGAGCCUGCACCGUGGACACCCGCAGGAAGACAGUCCCGGCCUGUCCCCUCCGGACACAGAGCCCGGGAAACCCGCCAAGCCCUCCCUGUACACCGGGCCGGUGCUCAGGUUCCAGUACUGUAUCUCCUGAGGUUACAGCAAAGUGUUCCAGGACUACUCUCACGCCAUCAGUAAGCUGUACCCGGACAUCCGCAUCGAGGGAGAAAACUACCCCCCGACACCCUUCAACAGGUGUGUGGGUAACCUGAUCUCCUACCUGAAGCUCCUCUCCAUCCUCCUGAUCGUCAGCGGUCAGAACCCCUUCCUCCUGCUUGGCCUUCAGACUCCCAGAGCCUGGACCUGGAGUCAGGAUAACAAGAUCUUUUCCUGUCUCAUGGCGUUCUUCUUCUGCAACAUGAUGGAGACUCACUUCUUGUCGACCGGAGCCUUUGAGAUCAGCCUGAAUGAUGUCCCGGUGUGGUCGAAGCUUCAGUCCGGUUACGUCCCCAACAUCCAGGAGAUCUGUCAGAUCCUUGACAACCACCUGAAGAUGAACCAGGUGGAUCACAUGACCUUCUCCUCCACUUAGAGCUGCACACACAGCUGUGCUGCCUUCAGGUGUCCCGGCUCAGUGGGACGUUCACCGCUGGCGUUCAUGAAGGUCCGGCCCUAAAGCAGACUCUGUGGGGCCUGGCCAGAUGUCUCCCGCCACGAAACGAGCGCUCCCUCUGCACCUGAUCACAGCUCAGCACUACAGUACCCACAAUGCACCUGUCAGCAAGAGUCCCCUGUGCUCACAGACAGGCUGAGGACUCUGCUGGUUUCUAACUGGUUUCUGUGGGUUCAGGUUUAUUUUAUUUAUUUGGUUUGAACAGAUUUUUCAGCAGGAACAUGAAACUGUGGUGCUGCUGUUACUUUCACUCUCAUCAGCCAUAGACAUGAGACGAAUAAAUAAAAUGUGGUUUAAAUAA